AUGAGAACAGUCCUGGAAGAUGCUGUCAAGGAGGACAUUGGUGGGACUGGCACCAUGCUGUACCGACUGGCCAGGAUCAUCUGGGGGGGCGCCGCCGUCUGCCGCCAAACCACCGCCGGGGAACAACGCCACUUCUCCGUCGCCCACCAACCGCGGGACUACGCUCUGCCCAACUCCACCUGGAACCCCGACACCAGGAGACUGCACGAGCAACUGUGCCGAGACCCGAGCUGGAGGAGACUGCCGUCCUACGAGGAGUUCACCCGCAGCAGACAGAGUAUGUCUCCGGAGGUGGACAGGAAAACCCGCCUCUUCACCAGGAACAUCGAUCAGGACGGAGUCGGCUUCGAGUAUUGUAUGUUCUAUAACGAGGCGGAGAAGAGGACGGUCUGCAUAUUCCAGCCCGGGCCCUAUCUGGGGGGCUACUCAGGGUACGCCCACGGUGGCUGCAUCGCUUCCUUGAUAGACGCCACGGUGGGGACGGGAAUAGUACGGAGCUAUGGACCGGCUAUGACGGCCAACCUGAACAUCAACUUUCGGAGUCCCAUUCCUCUGGGAUCCACAGUCAUCAUAGACAGCCGAGUGGAGAAGGGUAGACGGCCGGAAAGUCUACGCAAGCUGCCAGGUCCGCAGCCAUGGAUGACGCUGUUGCUGCACAACGAGGCCACCGGUGAGGGCUGCUUUGACAUCUUCAUUCCAUAA